UUGACAUAACUAAGUGACACAAUGACGAACAGCUGUUAAUUGUCGUACUUUGUCAAAAUGAACAGUUUAGGUUUAAGUUUAAUUUUUAAAAUGGGUUGUAUAUGUGCAAAAGAAAUAAUUACUGUGAAUGGUAGGAAAUAUACUGUACUGGAACACCUUGGAGAAGGAGGCUUCAGUACGGUGUCUUUAGUAGAAGACAAUUUGACGCAUAAAAAAUAUGCAAUGAAAAAAAUUGUAUGCCAUAGCCUUGAAGAUCAAAGAUUAGCUGUUAAGGAAAUAGAAUAUCAUUCAAUUAUCAAACAUCCUAAUGUCAUUGAACUUAUUGAUUCUGCUUAUCAAGGAACAGCAGAUCCUGUUGUUAAUGCAACUAGUGAGGUCCUAUUAGUAUUGCCAUAUUACCAUAAAGGAACUCUAGCCAAUGAACUAGAAAGGCGUCACAAAACUCAUGAUUAUAUGAAAGCUGUAGAUAUCAUAAAUAUCUUUUUACAAAUAUGUGAAGGAGUAAAAGCCUUUCAUGAGGCUAAACCAGAACCUCUAGCUCAUAGAGAUUUAAAGACUGCAAAUAUUGUUAUGGGCGAUGGAAUGAAACCAGUUAUAAUGGAUUUAGGUGGAUCAGUUACACCAGCACGAGUGAAAGUAUGUGGUAAUCAAGCUGCCCAGUCUUUACAAGAAUUAGCAGCAGAAAGGUGCUCAAUGCCGUAUAGAGCUCCUGAGCUGUUCAAUGUUGAAAGUUAUUGUAUGGUUGAUGAACGAACAGAUAUUUGGUCUUUGGGAUGUAUUUUAUACGCCAUGUGUUAUUUCAAAUCUCCAUUUGAUACAGUAUAUGAAAGAGGAGACAGUGUUGCUCUAGCAGUCAUAAGUGCAAAUAUUACUUUUUCAGAAAAUUCUCCAUACAAUGAAGAUAUGCAAAACUUAAUUUUGUCAAUGUUGAAAGUCAAUCCUAUGGAGCGUCCUUACAUAUACAGUGUUAUAGAAAGCUCACAUGAAGUAUUAUCAAGAUAUGAAGGAAGAGUUUGAUUAUAAUUUAUUUAUAUUUCAAUAUUUGUGUCUUCAAGAUUUUAUGAAAAAAAUCAAAUGAUUUUUAAUGAAUGUGCAAUUGUAUAACUUGUUAAAUGGACCAAUGUUGAAGAUAUUAAUUUAAAAAAAUAUUGUCGUUGUACUAGUGACCAAAUGAAUUAACAGAGAUUAAGUAACUCAAAGAAGCUUCUACACUGCAUAAAAGACAUUGCAACAUGAUUAAAAAAGCAUUUUGUAAAUAUUUACAUAGAUUUUUAAAUCAACAUAUGAAUAGUUGUAUACAUUCCAAAUAUGUAUAUUAUUCACCGUCAUUGCACAUUUUCCAAUGAAGAACAAUGGUUAAUGUUUGUUAAUAAGUCGUACAUAUAUCAAUAGUAAGAACUUUAUUUAUGAUUGCAUUUAUCUACACAAGAAUAUUAGCAUUUUUUGCGAUUUAAAGUGUCGUUAAAAAAUAUUAAAUUUACACAAUAGUACAUUUACACGUAUAUUAAUAAAAAUCUAACAUUUUUUCACAAUGAUUAUUAUUUUUUCACGAUUAUGAAUAAUUAAAUUGCAAAUUAAAGGUAUUCGUUUAUUAUUUUUCCAUUUAUUCUG